AUGCGGCGGUGCCGGGGCGCGGGGCUGGCGGCGCUGGCCGCGGUGCUCCUGGUGGCUGUGGUCAGAGCCCAGGUGCAGCAGGAGCCGUCGGCAGAGACCACCGAGGGCACCAGCAUCAGCAUCAACUGCUCACACCCCAACAAACAGUUCACCGAGUACAUCUACUGGUACCGUCAGCUCCCGGGCCGAGGCCCCGCAUUCCUCGUGAGCACUCUUAAAGAUUCCAAAAAGCUGACGGACCCGCCGGGGCGGCUGUCGGUGGCGGCAGACCGCCGGUCCAGCGCCCUGUGGCUCGCCCGGCCCCGGCGCGGGGACGCGGCGGUGUAUUACUGCGCCCUGAGAGACACGGGGAGAGGAGCCGGGGCUGCGGCCGGGCACGAACCGCCGCGGGCGGGGCCGGGCCUGUGGGGCGGGGGCGGGGGGACAGCCCCGGGCGGGCCCGCCAGGGGGCGCUGCCGCUCCGCCCGCCGGCGCCUCCUCGCCCCGCCCGGCCCCGCCCGGCCCCGCCCGGCCCCGCCCAGUCUCGGGCCCCGGGGCGGUUCCCCCGCCCGCCCGGCACCGGCACCGGCACCGGCACCGGCACCCCCGCCCUGCCGCCGGCACGCAGACAGAAAUCCCCCGCGAGAGCGGGGAGGAAUCGCGACCGCAGCGGCGGCGGGGGCCGGCGGUGCCCGGGAAGGAGCGCUUGCAGCCGCCGGCCCCGCUGGCUCCCGGCGAGGAGCAGCGCCUUUCUGCUCUGCCCAGGGAGGCGGGCAGCAGAGAUCCUCCUGCCCACGGGCAGCCCUCGGUCCUGCCGCAGGGACCGGCCACUGCUGA